GCUGAAAAUACCUUGGUAAUGACAAGGAAGUUGAACUUGAGGAAAUAUUUCACUUACUGUUUUAGACGGACUUUCCUGUGGAGAAAUUAUUUUAUUUCUGAGGUUUCCUCACAUAUCCCAAAGGCGUGUCACAGUUUCCAAUAUGCACUUUUCCUUGUUCCAGAAUGCAGAGGAGCCACAGCCUAUUUCACCAAUAAUGGAUCAAGAUGACAUUGACAAGAUGACAGUCAAGCUACGGGAACAGCCCAUUGGUAUGUGGGGCUUGCUACAGAUAGCAGGAGGCACAGGUCUGGCUGCAUAUGCAGUUUGGGCAGGGAUCCUCAUGCCUGGAUUUCGGAAGGUGCCUUUAAAAUUACAGGUGCCUUAUAUACCUGCCAGUCGACAGCAGGUUAAAAAUGUGUUGUCACUGUUGAAGGGACGCUCUGGAAAGAUGGUUGAUCUGGGCUCAGGUGAUGGAAGAAUUGUUUUGGAGGCAUACAAACAAGGUUUUCACCCUGCUAUUGGAUACGAACUCAACCCCUGGUUGAUUAAAUUAUCAUAUUUCUUUGCAUGGAGAGCUGGAUGUUAUGGGAAGGUUUCUUAUUUAAAGAAAAACUUGUGGAAGGUCACUCUGGCAGAUUGUAGCAAUGUUACAGUGUUCCUUGCUCCCAGUGUGCUCUCUUUACUAGAAGCAAAAUUGCUUGAUGAACUUCCAGAUAAUGCCCGUGUUGUAGCAGGGAGAUUCCCUUUUCCAUCAUGGAAACCAUCCUGCAUUGUUGGAGAGGGAGUGGAUCGGGCUUGGAGCUAUGACAUUAAAGAGGUGCGGAUUCAAAACGCUCAAUCUACAUCAUGUGGGACAGCAGUAUAGUGCAAAACAAAGAAACCUUUUCAAAGCACAAACAACAAUCAUAAAAAUUAAAUUGUGGUUUUGUCAACAAAAGAUGUGUAAAUGCAGAUUUGUAUUUUCAUAAUCUUUAUGUAGAAAGAUGGUCCAACGCUUCCCUCUUAUCCCAAAGACACCAGAAAUAGCAUUUCCAACUUGACUGUCUGGUGUAGAGGGAUGGAGCCCUGACUGUGACCUAUGUCACCAGGGCUCAGUUAGUGGCCAAAACACUGGAAAAGCAAGGCAAAGAGGAGCAGGACUGAAGAGGCAAUACUCAUGUAACACUCCUGGGGAGAGGGGAAGGGAGGAAUUCGGGUGCUCAGGGAGCACAUUGGGAUAGUGUGAUUUCUCUGGUGGAGACUGGAGAAACCACCUCCUACGCCUCAGAGUUGGAAGGCAGGGCUGCUAGCUGGCAAUGUCCAUUAUGGCAAUGAGGGACAAUGAGUGCAAUCAGCCCACUGCAUGUCCACCUUCCUUGUUUAGCCAGUCAGACAUGAGGAUGUAGACCCACAUAGAAAAAUACUUGAGCCACCCUGAUGACUGCCUUAAUAAUGGCCUCUCUUAGCUGACUCUUGCCGUUAUUGAUGAGAGAAUGAGUAGAUCAGUUGGCCAUGAAGUGGCUAAUAAUCAGCAGGCAAGGGGUUGGAGGGAAAGAAAGGAAAGUAUGUCAUUUUCACUAAGAUAUUACAGUUUUGUAUGUACUUCAGGCAGUGCACACUGUUGAAAUGCCAAAACUUAGAAUAAUCACUUUUUUGCUUUUAAUAUGAAUAUUUGUUACUUAUUCUUUGUAUAAAAUGUAGUAUAAAAUUCAGCUGUAUGACUGUAUUUUCUAUUUUUAUUUUCAAAUACUUUCAGAUAAUAUCUGUAUCAGGCACUCUAACAAAAUACACCACAUCAUUUUUAUUACUGAUCCUUGUAGCAGUUGUGAUGCAAUGAGAGGCAGACAUAUGUGGAUGUUUGUAUUUUUUGAGGCACGAGAUCCUUGAAUCAAGUACUUGUAGCCUCCAAGAAGUACAGUUUGACAAGUAUAAUGCACACAUUUGAAUGUCAUUUGCACUUACAAUUUGGUCUCAGAUAAAUGAUGUGAUAUAUUUACCAGUUUAUUUACUUUGUUUUCAAUCAGACUUAAUUCAUUUGUUUAACUGGCUGGGAAGCAAAAACCUUCUGAGCUUUUUUAUAAGCAGCAAGUAAAUUGUGGCAUAGAAAAUUUAAUUUUGUUUCUUAUGAUUCUGACUGGGUAGUUAUGUACGUUUAGCUAUCACAGAGUGCAUUGCUGGAAUGAGGCAUUUUUCUGAAAUGUUGGAUUUGUUACUUAUGUGGUUUUCAAAAGUCAAUGAAUUAAUAUAUUUGAUAGCGUUAUUGAACUGUAGAUCUGAGAUGAUCUUGUCCAUUCUCUUCAACCAUAUGGAGUUAGCCACAGGCUCAAGUCAUUUCAUCACCAACACUUUAACCUUAUCUCCUGCUCCUAUUCCAGUCCUGUAAUGCUCUUCAUUUCUCCAAAGUCAGCAGUUUUCUUUUGCUGCAUUUAAGCAUACCACAUAGUGUGAAAUGGUCCCAGAUUGUUCAGUGAUUAAACAUGCAUAUUUCACUGCAGUAUUAAACUAUUUCCUCAUUUAA